GCCAUUUAGAAUAUUGCCUCCUUUUUCUUCCGUUUUACUUAUUUCCUUUCUUUUUCUUUUAACUCGUUCCGUUUGUUCACUGUAUAUUAGCACUUUCCCCCCCCUUUUCUUUAAUUCUCCUUUUUUUUUCCCAUUAUAUAAAGAUUCAUAUAAAGUAUUUCGGGAAUUCAUUUUUUUUAUAUAUCUUUUCUUUCUUCCACAAUGACUGCAACAAAUUUUUCUUGUCUCACAAAGUGUAGUAAUGAAAAAAUGGAAGAUAAACCACGUCCUUAUCAAUGUCCAAUGUGUCCUAAAGCGUUUGUAAGGUUAGAACAUAGAACUCGUCACAUAAGAAUACAUACAGGUGAAAAACCACACGCUUGUUCCUAUCCUAAUUGUGAAAAACGGUUUUCUCGUUCUGAUGAAUUAACCCGUCAUAUGCGUAUUCAUAUCUUACCAUCAAAACGUAGUACAGAGAAACGAGACCAUAAUAUACCAAUUUAUCCAGUUGUAUUUCCUUCAAGUCCUAUUAUGACAAAAUAUAAAUUAGAUUAUCAGCCACAGCAAUCGUCUUAUUUAUCAGACUCUGAAAGUGACCAUAUUCGUACACCUGAUAGUUCUCCUACUCUCGGUCCCUUUAAUAAAUCAAAUUUGACAUUACCUCCCCUUUUAAUACGUAAGCCUCAACAAUUUGGAUGUCAUGUGUCUUUCCCCCCAAUUUUCCCAUCUCCUGAGGAACGUAAUUCAUCAUUCAAACUAUCUUACCCCACUUUCUUACCAAAGAGAUCUACUGAAAUUCAUUUACCUUCUAUCCGUUCUUUAUUUGGAUAGAUAGAUAAAGAUAUCUUUCCUAUUUUCCUUUAUUCACUAUUUUUUUUUUAUUUAUCAUAUUCAUUCAUAUAAAUAUAACCAUUGUAAAUAUAAUAAAUA